UCAGCUCAGUGUGCCUGGAUAUGAGGUCUAAGUGACUGUAGAGAGAAAGAAACAGUCUGGAUUUUUACUUUGGUUUUCUUUCUCACUGGCUGGAAUUAACAUCUCACUGGACAAAUGGUUUAAGAGAAACAGGAUUCAAGCAGAAUGAAGGCCAGGUCUCAAUUUGAGAUGAACCACCUUUGGAAGAUCAUCAUCUUUCCCUUAUCACUUCUUCUGUACCUCUCAGGGAAUGUAAAGACCCAAGUAAAUCCAAGUGUAUGUCGAUCCCCUCUAGGGAUGUCUGGAAGGCAGAUCUUAGACGAAGACAUUGUAGCAUCAAGUCAGUGGUCUGAGUCAACAGCAGCAAAAUAUGGCAGACUGGACUCGGAGGAAGGGGAUGGAGCUUGGUGUCCAGUAAGCACAAGCGAUCCAGAGAACAUGAAUGAAUUCCUGCAGAUUGACCUUCGCUCUCUGCACUUCAUCACCCUAGUGGGUACUCAGGGGCGACACGCGGGGGGCAUCGGGAAUGAGUUUGCCCAAACCUACAAGAUCAAGUAUAGUCGCGAUGGUAGCCGCUGGAUCUCCUGGCGCAACCGUCAAGGAAAGGAGGUAAUUGAAGGCAACAGGAAUGCCUAUGAUCUUGUGCUCAAGGACCUGGAGCCACCCGUCAUUGCACGAUUCGUGCGCUUCAUGCCCGUCAUUGACAAUUCCAUGAACGUGUGUAUGCGUGUAGAGCUCUAUGGCUGCGAGUGGCUAGAUGGUCUGGUGUCGUACAAUGCUCCACUCGGUCAGGGGAUGGUCUUCCAGGACCAAGAGGUUUACCUCAAUGACUCGGUAUAUGACGGUGCCAUACUUCAAAGUAUGACAGAAGGUUUGGGCCAGUUGACGGAUGGUAUGUGUGGUCUGGAUGAUUUCACUCUCAGCCAUGUUUACAAUGUGUGGCCUGGCUAUGACUAUGUGGGCUGGAACAACGAGACAGAAACCAAUGGAUAUGUAGAGAUCACGUUUGAAUUCGACCGAACACGCAACUUCACCACUAUGAAGGUGCACUGCAACAACAUGUUCUCACACAGAGUGAAGGUUUUCCAGAAGGUGGUAUGCUAUUUCCGCUCAGACUCGGACUGGGAGCCGAACCCCGUGUCUUUUAGUCCCGUGAUGGAUGACGGGAACCCCAGUGCUCGCUUUGUUACCGUGUCCCUCCAAAACCAUAUGGCUAGUGCCAUCAAGUGUCAAUAUUACUUCUCUGACAUGUGGAUGAUGUUCAGUGAGAUCACAUUUCAGUCAGAUACAGCCAUGUACAACACAAGUUUACCUCCCCCCAAGACCGACACUCCACCCAACAUCUACCCAGGGGAAAAACCUGUUCACAAAUUAGAUGACAGCAACACUCGAAUUCUGAUUGGCUGUUUGGUGGCCAUCAUCCUCAUCUUGUUGGCCAUCAUCAUCAUCAUACUCUGGAGACAGGUCUGGCAGAAGGUGUUGGAGAAGGUCUCUCGGAGGAUGCUCGACGACGAGCUAACUGCUAGCCUGUCAAUCCAGAGUGAGGCCUUCAGCUGUAACAACAACCUGACCUCCUCAGUAGUCAGCGAGCAGGAGUCCAGCUCUGCCUACGAGCGCAUCUUCCCACUCGGAGCAGAUUACCAGGAGCCCUCACGCCUCGUCCGCAAGCUGCCUGACGUUUCCCAGGUCUCAGAGGACACUGCAUCCAAGUCCACUCAGUCCAGCACUCAAGAAGGUGUUCCCCAUUACGCCGAAGCCGACAUCGUCAAUCUGCAAGGAGUAACGGGAGGAAACACCUACGCUGUGCCAGCUGUGACCAUGGACCUGCUAUCAGGAAAGGACAUCCCUAUAGAAGAAUUUCCCCGAAAACUGCUCACGUUUAAGGAGAAGCUUGGAGAAGGCCAGUUCGGAGAGGUACAUCUUUGUGAAGCAGAAGACAUGGAGGAAUUCAUGGAUAAAAACUUCUCAUUUGAUGUCAGUGAGAAUCAAACCUUGCUUGUGGCUGUAAAAAUGUUAAGAGCUGAUGCAAAUAAAAACGCCAGAAAUGACUUUUUGAAAGAGAUCAAAAUCAUGUGCCGAUUGAAAGAUCCCAACAUCAUCCGGCUUCUGGGGGUGUGCAUGAGUUCAGACCCUUUGUGCAUGAUCACUGAGUACAUGGAGAACGGGGACCUCAACCAGUUCCUGUCCCGUCAUGAGCCCGAGGGCAUGAUCGCCGUUCUGAGCAACGCACCAACAGUCAGUUACAGUAAUUUACAGCACAUGGCCGCUCAGAUCGCCUCGGGAAUGAGGUACCUGUCAUCACUGAACUUUGUUCACCGAGACCUCGCUACCCGCAACUGCCUGGUGGGAAAAAACUACACCAUCAAGAUUGCUGACUUUGGUAUGAGCAGGAACCUGUACAGUGGAGAUUACUAUCGCAUCCAGGGCCGAGCUGUGCUGCCCAUCCGCUGGAUGUCCUGGGAGAGCAUCCUUCUGGGUAAAUUUACCACCGCCAGUGAUGUUUGGGCGUUUGGUGUGACUCUGUGGGAGACGCUGACGUUCUGCAAGGAGCAGCCAUACUCCCAGCUCUCAGAUGAGCAGGUCAUUGAAAACACUGGCGAGUUCUUCCGAGACCAAAGGAGACAGAUCUACUUGCCGCAGCCGCCCAUGUGCCCCGACCCUAUCUACAAGCUCAUGUUGAGUUGCUGGCAAAGGAACGCCAAAGAAAGACCAUCUUUUCAGGAGAUCCUUCGAAUACUGCUGGAAAAUACACCUUAAUGUCUGCUCCUGUGCCAGAGACACUUUAGAGUGGCAGCAGGAUAUAAACAAACCGUGUACACACACACACACACACACACACACAUACACACACACACACACACACACACACACACACAUAUUUUAGAAAGCUACCUAAUUAAGUAAAGCCAACAGGGAUUUUAUAUAAAUUGUCAUAGUAAAUCCACCUAGGAGUGGCACAAGGUAAAGAAUUAUGAAGCUAAAAUGUAGCAGUGAGUUCAGGCACUUUUGAUAAAGAAAAAUUAUUUCAUGUUUGUAAAGAUUUUUUGGUAUUUUGGUAUCUUUUAAAAGUUUAAACCCAUAUAGUCGUUAAAUUAACAUUUAAAAGGAAUUUAGGGUCAUUAAAUGUUAAGUAGAAAUUUAUUGACACAAGAACAUGUUUCAUAUUUUGUCUGGUAUUUUAAAUCAGCAGACAGCUUGAAUGUAAAUAGGAAUUUCAGUUUCUUACUUAAAUAAAUUAGAUUUUUAAUUUGUUUGAUUUGUUUUUAAAGUGUCACAUUAAUGUCCAGUCAUCAACGGAUUAUUGUAUUGAUUACACAUAACACUUUAAGAGGCUCUUUUAUAAACUUAAUAACCACUUUUAUAGAAGUGGCUAAAACCCAAGCAUGCAUGGACUACUAAUUUAAAAAAAAGAAAAAAAAAAAAAAAACAGUGUUAAUAAUUUUGUUACACCUUUUUAGAUUUGGAAAUGUUUUUCUAAUAAGUGUCUUUGCUGAACAUUUAAAGCAAAUUAUUGUGUUCAUAUCUGUAUGUAUUACGCUAUAGUUUUUUAUAUUGUUUCACAUUU